GGGCGUCGGCGCCGGCGGAGGGCAGUCGGUGGCUGAGGGGCGGAGAGGAGGGGGGGAGGUGCGCGUGGCGGACGCAGGAGAGGCGCGGGGCCCGUCGAACCGACCAGAGGAUGGAUCCUACCGGUGUAAAAGUGCUGGAAACAGCAGAGGACAUACAGGAGCGACGUCAGCAAGUUUUAGACCGGUACCACAGGUUCAAGGAGCUCUCUACGCUGAGGCGGCAAAAGCUUGAAGACUCCUAUAGGUUUCAGUUCUUCCAGCGUGAUGCUGAUGAACUGGAGAAAUGGAUCCAGGAGAAGCUGCAGAUUGCUUCUGAUGAAAGCUACAAAGACCCUUCGAAUCUGCAGGGGAAGCUGCAGAAGCAUCAAGCCUUCGAAGCUGAAGUGCAGGCCAAUUCGGGAGCUAUCGUUAAGUUGGAUGAGACGGGGAACCAGAUGAUCAACGAAGGGCAUUUUGCGUGUGAAAUCAUAAGGACUCGACUGCAGGAUCUUCACCGCCUGUGGGAGCUGCUGCUGGAGAAGAUGCGAGAGAAGGGUGUCAGGCUGCUGCACGCUCAGAAGCUUGUGCAGUACUUACGGGAGUGCGAAGACGUGAUGGACUGGAUCAACGACAAGGAGGCGAUUGCAACCUCGGAGGAGCUUGGCCAGGACCUUGAGCACGUGGAGGUGUUGCAGAAGAAGUUUGAAGAGUUCCAGACUGACCUGGCAGCCCAUGAGGAGAGGGUCAAUGAAGUGAACCAAUUUGCCAGCAAGUUGAUCCAGGAGCAGCACCCGGAAGAGGAGCUGAUUAAGGCCAAGCAAGAUGAAGUCAAUGCAAGUUGGCAGCGCCUGAAAGGGCUGGCCCUUCAGAGGCAGGGGAAGCUAUUCGGGGCCGCCGAGGUGCAGCGUUUCAACAGGGACGUGGACGAAACUAUAAGUUGGAUCAAAGAGAAAGAGCAGCUGAUGGCUUCUGAUGACUUCGGAAGAGAUCUCGCGAGCGUGCAGGCUUUGCUACGCAAACACGAGGGCCUGGAGAGAGAUCUUGCCGCUUUGGAGGACAAGGUGAAGGCGUUGUGUGCCGAGGCUGACCGCCUGCAGGAGUCCCACUCUCCAAACGCCUCUCAGAUCCACAUGAAGCGGGAGGAGCUGAUCACAAACUGGGAGCAGAUCCGCACCCGGGCUGCCGAGAGGCAUGCUCGCCUGAACGACUCCUACAGACUGCAGCGAUUCCUUGCAGAUUUUCGGGAUUUGACGAGCUGGGUGACUGAAAUGAAAGCUCUGAUUAACGCUGACGAGCUUGCCAACGACGUGGCAGGAGCUGAGGCCCUGCUGGACAGACACCAGGAACAUAAGGGAGAAAUCGAUGCUCACGAAGACAGCUUUAAGUCUGCUGACGACUCUGGCCAGGCCCUCCUUGCUGCUGGGCAUUAUGCCUCCGAUGAAGUUAAGGAGAAGCUGACCAUCCUCUCUGAGGAAAGAGCAGCCCUGUUGGAACUCUGGGAACUCCGCCGUCAGCAGUACGAGCAGUGCAUGGACCUGCAGCUCUUCUACCGGGACACGGAGCAGGUGGACAACUGGAUGAGCAAGCAGGAGGCCUUCUUGCUAAAUGAGGACCUUGGGGACUCUCUGGACAGUGUGGAGGCCCUGCUGAAGAAGCAUGAAGAUUUUGAGAAGUCGCUUAGUGCCCAAGAAGAGAAAAUCACUGCCCUGGAUGAAUUCGCUACCAAACUGAUCCAGAACAACCAUUAUGCCAAGGAAGAUGUCGCUGCCCGCAGAGAUGCUCUGCUGAGCCGUCGCAAUGCGUUGCACGAACGGGCCAUGCUUCGUCGAACGCAGCUGGCAGACUCCUUCCACCUGCAGCAGUUUUUCAGGGACUCGGACGAGCUGAAAAGCUGGGUCAAUGAAAAGAUGAAAACUGCAACGGACGAGGCUUACAAGGACCCGUCCAACCUCCAAGGAAAGGUGCAGAAACACCAGGCGUUCGAAGCUGAGCUCUCGGCCAAUCAGAGUCGCAUCGACGCCCUCGAGAAAGCCGGGCAGAACCUGACCGACGUCAAACAUUACGCCUCCGACGAAGUGGCCGUUCGCAUGAAUGAAGUCAUCAGCUUGUGGAAGAAGCUGCUGGAAGCUACUGAGCUGAAAGGGAUCAAGCUGUGCGAGGCCAACCAACAGCAGCAGUUCAACCGCAACGUGGAAGACAUUGAGCUGUGGCUGUACGAAGUGGAAGGCCACCUGGCUUCUGACGAUUACGGCAAAGACCUGACCAGCGUUCAGAAUCUGCAGAAGAAGCACGCCCUCCUGGAGGCAGACGUAGCCGCCCACCAGGACCGCAUCGACGGCAUCACCAUCCAGGCUCGCCAGUUUCAGGAGGCCGGGCACUUCGAUGCAGACAACAUCAGGAAGAAGCAGGAGGUGCUGGUGGCCCGCUACGAAGCUCUGAAGGAGCCCAUGGGGACCCGCAAGCAGAAACUGGCCGAUUCCCUCCGCCUUCAGCAGCUCUUCCGCGACGUUGAAGACGAAGAAACCUGGAUCAGAGAGAAGGAACCGAUUGCGGCUUCUACCAACCGAGGCAAAGACCUCAUUGGGGUCCAGAACCUGCUGAAGAAGCACCAAGCUUUGCAAGCGGAGAUUGCUGGCCAUGAGCCCCGCAUUAAAGCCGUCACCCAGAAAGGAAAUUCCAUGGUGGAAGAAGGCCAUUUUGCAGCAGAAGAUGUGAAAGCUAAACUGAACGACCUCAACCAGAAAUGGGAGUCCUUGAAAGGGAAGGCCUCCCAGCGCCGGCAGGAUCUGGAGGACUCCCUGCAGGCCCAGCAGUACUUUGCCGAUGCCAACGAGGCCGAGUCUUGGAUGAGGGAGAAGGAGCCCAUCGUGGGUAGUACUGACUACGGAAAGGAUGAGGACUCUGCCGAGGCUCUUCUCAAGAAGCACGAAGCUCUGAUGUCUGAUCUCUCCGCCUACGGCAGCAGCAUUCAAGCGCUGAGGGAGCAGGCCCAGGCCUGUCGGCAACAAGUGGCUCCUACAGACGACGAAACAGGCAAGGAGCUGGUCCUCGCCCUGUACGAUUACCAAGAGAAGAGUCCGCGGGAAGUCACAAUGAAGAAGGGCGAUAUUCUGACUCUUCUGAACAGCACCAACAAGGAUUGGUGGAAAGUGGAAGUGAACGACCGGCAGGGCUUUGUGCCGGCUGCCUACGUGAAGAAGCUGGACCCCGCGCAGUCUGCGUCCCGCGAGAACCUCCUGGACGAGCAGGGCAGCAUCGCCUUGCGCCAAGAGCAGAUCGAUCACCAGACUUUCAUUACUAAGGAGGUCGGCAGUGUAUCUCUGCGUAUGAAACAGGUCGAAGAACUGUACCACUCUCUCCUGGAACUGGGAGAGAAGCGCAAAGACAUGCUGGAGAAGAGCUGCAAGAAAUUCAUGCUCUUCCGGGAGGCGAGCGAGCUGCAGCAGUGGAUCCACGAGAAGGAGGCCACCCUCGCCAACGAGGAGGUGGGGGCCGACCUCGAGCAGGUGGAGGUGCUGCAGAAGAAGUUUGACGACUUCCAGAAGGAUCUGAAAGCCAACGAGUCUCGUCUGAAGGACAUUAACAAGGUGGCAAAUGACCUGGAGUCCGAAGGUCUGAUGGCCGAGGAGGUUCACGCCGUGCAACAGCAGGAAGUCUACGGAAUGAUGCCACGGGAUGAAGCUGAUUCCAAGACGGCGUCUCCUUGGAAGUCUGCAAGAAUGAUGGUCCACACAGUGGCAACCUUCAACUCCAUCAAGGAACUGAACGAGCGCUGGCGAUCUCUACAGCAGCUGGCUGAAGAGCGGAGCCAGCUGUUGGGAAGUGCCCACGAGGUCCAGCGAUUCCACAGAGAUGCUGACGAGACGAAGGAGUGGAUUGAGGAAAAGAAUCAAGCCCUCAACACUGACAACUACGGGCAUGACCUGGCGAGCGUGCAGGCCCUGCAGCGCAAGCACGAGGGCUUCGAGAGAGACCUCGCCGCCCUCGGCGACAAGGUGAACUCCCUCGGAGAAACAGCGGAGCGGCUGAUCCAGUCUCACCCCGAGUCGUCGGAAGAUCUCCAGGAAAAAUGUACCGAACUGAACCAGGCCUGGAACAGCCUCGGGAAACGGGCUGAUCAGCGCAAGGAGAAGCUGGGGGAGUCCCACGACCUGCAGCGCUUCCUCAGCGACUUCAGGGACCUCAUGUCCUGGAUCAACGGAAUCCGAGGACUCGUGUCCUCCGACGAGCUGGCCAAGGACGUGACGGGAGCAGAGGCUCUGUUGGAGAGACACCAAGAACACCGUACCGAAAUAGACGCCCGAGCUGGCACCUUCCAGGCCUUCGAGCAGUUUGGGCAGCAGCUCCUGGCCCGCAGCCACUACGCCAGCCCCGAGAUCGAGGAGAAGCUGCACAUCCUCGACCAGGAACGGGCUGACUUGGAAAAAGCCUGGGCCCAGCGCCGGAUGAUGCUGGACCAGUGUCUGGAACUGCAGCUCUUCCAUAGGGACUGUGAGCAGGCAGAGAACUGGAUGGCCGCCCGGGAGGCUUUCUUAAACACCGAAGAUAAGGGGGACUCCCUGGACAGCGUGGAGGCCCUCAUCAAGAAGCACGAAGACUUUGACAAGGCCAUCAAUGUCCAGGAGGAAAAGAUUGCGGCCCUCCAGGCUUUUGCUGACCAGCUGAUUUCUGCCGAUCAUUACGCCAAAGGGGUCAUUGCCAACAGACGCCACGAGGUGCUGGACAGGUGGCGUCGGCUGAAAGCUCAGAUGAUCGAAAAGAGGUCCAAACUCGGAGAAUCCCAGACUCUCCAGCAGUUCAGCCGAGACGUGGAUGAAAUAGAGGCCUGGAUCAGCGAGAAGCUCCAGACUGCAAGCGACGAAUCGUACAAAGAUCCCACCAACAUUCAGAGUAAGCACCAGAAGCACCAGGCCUUCGAAGCUGAGCUGCACGCCAACGCAGACCGGAUCCGCAGCGUCAUCGACGUAGGAAAUUCCCUCAUUGACCGAGGUGCCUGUGCCGGUAGCGAAGAGGCUGUGAAGGCUCGCCUGGCUGCCUUGGCCGACCAGUGGGAGUUCCUGGUGCAAAAGUCGGCCGAGAAGAGCCAGAAGCUGAAGGAGGCCAACAAGCAGCAGAAUUUCAACACCGGGAUCAAGGAUUUCGAUUUCUGGCUUUCCGAGGUGGAAGCCCUCCUGGCCUCCGAAGACUAUGGGAAGGACCUGGCGUCGGUGAACAAUCUCCUGAAGAAGCACCAGUUGCUGGAAGCAGACAUCUCUGCCCACGAGGACCGCCUGAAGGACCUCAGCGGCCAGGCUGACAGCCUGAUGACCAGCAGUGCUUUCGACACCUCCCAAGUCAAGGACAAGCGCGACACCAUCAACGGGCGCUUCCAGCGGAUCAAGAGCAUGGCAGCCGCCCGUCGGGCGAAGCUGAACGAGUCCCAUCGUCUGCACCAGUUCUUCCGGGACAUGGACGACGAGGAGUCCUGGAUCAAGGAGAAGAAAUUGCUGGUCAGCUCAGAAGAUUACGGCAGGGACCUCACCGGGGUGCAGAACCUGCGGAAGAAACACAAGCGCCUGGAAGCUGAGUUGGCCACGCACGAACCCGCAAUCCAGGGAGUGUUGGACACUGGCAAGAAGUUGUCUGAUGACAACACAAUCGGCAAAGAGGAAAUCCAUCAGCGAUUGGCUCAGUUUGUGGAACACUGGCAAGAGCUGAAGCGCCUGGCAGCUGCCCGCGGUCAGCGCCUGGAGGAGUCUCUGGAAUACCAGCAGUUUGUGGCCAACGUCGAAGAGGAGGAGGCCUGGAUUAACGAGAAGAUGACUCUGGUGGCCAGCGAGGACUACGGAGACACGCUUGCAGCCAUACAGGGCCUGCUGAAGAAGCACGAAGCGUUUGAGACGGAUUUCACCGUGCACAAGGACCGAGUGAGCGACGUGUGUGCCAACGGCGAGGACCUGAUCAAGAAGAACAAUCACCACGAGGAGAACAUCACUGCCAAGAUGAAGGGCCUGAAGGGCAAGGUGUCGGACCUGGAGCGGGCAGCAUCCCAGAGGAAGGCCAAGCUGGACGAAAACUCGGCCUUCCUCCAGUUCAACUGGAAAGCGGACGUGGUGGAGUCCUGGAUAGGCGAGAAAGAGAACAGCCUCAAGACGGACGACUUCGGACGGGACCUCUCUUCCGUCCAGACCCUUCUCACCAAGCAGGAAACCUUCGAUGCGGGCCUUCACGCCUUCCAGCAGGAAGGCAUUGCCAACAUCACCGCCCUGAAGGAUCAGCUGCUGGCCGCCAAGCACAUCCAGUCCAAAGCCAUCGAGGCGCGCCACGCCUCCCUCAUGAAGCGCUGGCACCAGCUGCUGGCCAACUCUGCCACCCGGAAGAAGAAACUCCUGGAGGCCCAGGAGCACUUCAGAAAGGUGGAGGACCUCUUCCUGACCUUCGCUAAGAAAGCCUCAGCCUUCAACAGCUGGUUUGAGAACGCGGAGGAGGACCUGACCGACCCUGUCCGCUGCAACUCGCUGGAGGAGAUCAAGGCGCUGCGGGAAGCUCACGACGCCUUCCGCUCCUCGCUCAGCUCUGCCCAGGCCGACUUCAACCAGCUGGCCGAGCUGGACCGCCAGAUCAAGAGCUUCCGCGUGGCCUCCAACCCUUACACCUGGUUCACCAUGGAAGCCCUGGAGGAGACCUGGAGGAACCUGCAGAAGAUCAUCAAGGAGCGUGAACUGGAACUCCAGAAGGAACAGCGCCGACAAGAGGAGAACGACAAGCUGCGGCAGGAGUUCGCUCAGCACGCCAACGCUUUCCACCAGUGGAUUCAGGAAACCAGAACCUACUUGCUCGAUGGGUCUUGCAUGGUGGAAGAAUCGGGAACCCUGGAAUCUCAGCUGGAAGCAACUAAGCGCAAGCACCAGGAGAUCCGGGCCAUGAGGAGCCAGCUGAAGAAGAUCGAGGACCUUGGAGCUGCCAUGGAGGAGGCGCUGAUCCUGGACAACAAGUACACGGAGCACAGCACGGUGGGGCUGGCGCAGCAGUGGGACCAGCUCGAUCAGCUCGGCAUGAGGAUGCAGCACAACCUGGAGCAGCAGAUACAGGCCAGAAACACAACCGGGGUCACCGAAGAGGCUCUCAAAGAAUUCAGCAUGAUGUUUAAGCACUUCGACAAGGAUAAAUCUGGCCGCCUGAACCACCAGGAAUUUAAAUCCUGCCUGCGCUCCCUUGGUUACGAUUUGCCAAUGGUGGAGGAGGGGGACCCCGAUCCGGAAUUCGAGGCGAUUCUCGACACGGUUGAUCCUAACCGGGAUGGACACGUCUCUCUGCAGGAGUACAUGGCCUUCAUGAUCAGCAGGGAGACGGAGAACGUGAAGUCCAGCGAGGAGAUUGAAAGCGCUUUCCGCGCCCUCAGCUCGGAGGGCAAGCCCUACGUGACCAAGGAAGAGCUUUACCAAAACCUGACCCGGGAACAGGCAGACUACUGCAUCUCUCACAUGAAGCCGUACAUGGACAGCAAAGGCCGAGAACUUCCCUCUGCCUACGACUACAUUGAAUUUACACGCUCCCUCUUUGUGAAUUGAUAGUCGGCGCUCCCCCCCCGGGAUUCCGAGAAUGCGCUUGCGUCUUCGGCCUCGUAGCUUUCUGCAUGUCUCCCCUCCUGCGCUCGAAAAUAAUCCACGUUAUCUUCCCAACGUAACCCUGAAAAUGCUUAGCUUAAACCUCUGGCCUUAGUGCAAGGAACAAAAACAUGUCACGGUGCGCUUCAAUAAAAGUUACUGGUCCAAA